ACGUAUUUAUUACAGUUGAAGUAUUAAAUGAGUCGGGUUUUGCACGUUCGUUCUGGAAAAAGUGUCUUAUUUGUUGGAAAUGUCUCUCGAAGGAGUGAAGGACCCGAAAAUGUGACUUUAAACUAGAAAAUUUGCGAUUGUAAAGUGAAAGUAAAAAACAUUAGUGGGGGUGUAAAGGUGUAAUAGGGCUGAGGGAUCGAAUUUCCAGCCGUGCCACCCACAAAGAAGUGCGUUAUCAAGUUUGCCCUUUAGUUUAUGUGAUAAAAUUACUCUAUUCGAAAAAUGUCGUCAGAAAGCCCAGACGAGGAAUGCAUAGCAAGACAGGCAGAAGAACACGAUGAAGAUGUGUUUUCUAUUCUGGUAGCUACUGAUAUUCAUUUAGGGUUUGCUGAGAAGGAUCCCGUAAGAGCCAAUGAUACGUUUGAUACAUUCGAAGAAGUGCUUAAAACUGCCAAGGAAAAUCGAGUAGAUUUUCUUCUACUGGGAGGAGAUCUAUUUCAUGAGUCCCGGCCAUCGACGUAUUGUAUUUAUAAGUGCAUUGAACUGCUGAAGAGGUACUGCUUAGGAGAUGAACCGGUUCAAGUGGAAUUCCUAUCGGACCCAUCGCAUAAUUUUUCGAAUACUGGAGACGACACAGUGAACUAUGAAGAUCCAAACCUCAAUGUGGAACUGCCAGUGUUUUCAGUACAUGGAAAUCACGACGACCCGACUGGAGAGCAUCAAAUAUCCGCCAUGAACUUAGUGGCUUCAACCGGGCUGGUGAACUACUUUGGAAAAUGCAGCGACCACAGUUCGGUAGAAAUUCAACCGAUUCUGCUGCGGAAAGGCCAAACCAAGCUGGCCCUGUAUGGACUAUCGCAUAUUAAGGACGAGAAAUUGGCCAGGCUGAUCUUUGACAAAAAGUUCAGUUUUGCCAUUCCCCCUGAACCUGAUUGGUUCCAUCUUUUGGUGUUGCACCAAAACCGAGCGAAUCGAGGCGUGAAAACAUUCGUUCCUGAUGAUGCGCUGCCCGAUAUUCUCGACCUGGUCAUUUGGGGUCACGAGCAUGACUGUAGGAUAGAACCAGAAAGAACCAACAGCAAAACGCACAUUCUACAACCCGGAAGCACAGUUGCCACCUCCCUAUGCAUUGGAGAGGCCAUUCCCAAGCAUGUAGCUCUGUUGAAAGUCUACAAAAACAAUUUCCACAUCACCCCAGUGCCAUUGAAAACCGUUCGGCCAUUUGUGUUUCGGGAGAUGAUUUUAAAGAAAUUGGAUGGCCAGCCAGAUGAGGAGGAGGUCGAAUGCACUGAUCAACUUUUAACCAGGCAAACUCAUGCUGAAAAGCAGGUGGAAAGCGAAAUUGAGAUCAUGAUUACCGAAGCUAAUCAGCAGGGUCAAUUAGGAAACAAGCUGCCGCUGCUGAGACUAAUUGUGGCCUAUGUGGAUGAGAGCCAGACAUUUAAUACCAUCAGGUUUGGACAGAAAUACAUUGGUCGAGUCGCAAACCCAAAGGACAUGGUCAAACUUAGGUCUACAGUGAAGAAGAGUCCCAGACACGGCAAGGAGAAGAACGAGUUUUUAACACCAGUAAAUCAAAGCCUGCCGAGUCGCGUGGAGGAUUUGGUAAUGCAGUAUUUCGAGGACAACCAGCAAAAGCAACUCAAGUGUCUUUCUCUCAAUUUUCUGAACGCAUCCGUUGUCAAAUGCAUCGAUGCCAAUGAGUAUGACGCUCCCGUACUUGUCACCAAAGAGUUAAUUAACGAGCUGAGAACGAAAUUGGAGGAAUCCUCAAUAGACAUUGACGGGGUCGAUGGUUUCGUGAAUAACGCCAAAGAACAAGAAGCAGAUGGCGCCUCAGCGGUAAAUAAGAUCUUAGAUCGGUUACAAACUCGGAAAAGGCCCAACGUGAACCAGGAAAUUGAUUCUGAUUCGGAUUUAGAUGCUACCAAUGGAGUUGCCUCUUCUCCAGGUGCGCCGCCUACAUUACCUGCAAAGAAGCCAGGCGCUAGAGGAGGUCGUGGUUCGAGAGGCGCAAGAGGAAGAGGACGCGGCAAAGCCUUAAGUUAGUUCGGGUCGAUUCUUUGAAUAUUUUCUUUUCAAAGUGUCAAAUAAGGACGAAAUUGUUUAAAA